GGGGGAGGCGUACACGUGGACACUGCGUGUUUGCCAGCUUCGCCACCAUGGCGGGGGCAUCCGCAGUUUUUAUAAUGGACAUGAAGGGGAAGGUGAUAAUCAGUCGGAAUUAUAGAGGCGAGGUGCCAAUGAACAUCACCGAGAGGUUUCAACAGCACGUCAUAGACGCUGAGGACGCCACCACCAAGCCAGUUUUCUGUGAGGACGGCAUCAGUUUUGCCUGGAUCCAGUACAACAACCUGUACUUGCUAGCUGUCACUCAGAGGAACUCAAAUGCAACUCUGAUUGUGGCCUUUCUCUACCGCUUGGCAGAGGUUCUCAGAGAUUAUUUCAACGAGCUCGAAGAGGAGAGCAUAAAGGACAACUUUGUCAUCACCUAUGAGCUUUUAGAUGAGAUGAUGGACAAUGGUUACCCUCAGACCACCGAGGUCAAGAUUCUGCGAGAGUAUAUCAAGACUCAGUCUCAUCAGCUCUCGGUUGAGCAGAUGAGACCGCCAACCGCAGUAACCAAUGCAGUGUCCUGGCGAUCUGAUGGCAUCAAACACAAGAAGAACGAGAUCUUCCUGGAUGUCGUCGAACGUUUGAACCUCUUGGUUUCUGCGAACGGCUCUGUGCUGCGAUCAGAGAUCUUGGGAGCUCUGAAGAUGAAGUCUUACCUUUCUGGAAUGCCUGAGCUGAAGCUGGGUCUGAAUGACAAGCUUCUGUUUGAGGCAACUGGAAGGCCUGUAGCCAAAGGAAAGUCAGUGGAAAUGGAGGACAUUAAGUUCCACCAGUGUGUGCAGCUUGCACGCUUUGAGAAUGAUCGCACUAUAUCUUUCAUUCCGCCAGAUGGUGAGUUUGAGCUCAUGAGCUACCGGCUGAACACGCAUGUCAAACCUUUGAUAUGGGUAGAGGCCGUGGUGGAUCCAGGUCACUCGCGGUCGCGGAUUGAGUACAUGAUCAAAGCAAAGUCCCAGUUCAAAUCGCGCAGCGUUGCAAACAACGUAGAGAUCCACAUUCCGGUGCCCUCGGACGUGGACUCGCCAUCCUUCAAAACGUCCAUUGGCACUGUGAGAUAUAUCCCAGAUCAGGAUUGUAUCGUGUGGAGCAUCAAGCAGUUUCAGGGUCAAAAAGACUUCAUUAUGACGGCCAAUUUCGGGCUACCAUCUGUCGGUGCAGAGAACAGAGAUGCCUACAUGAAGGCGCCCAUGUCGGUGAAGUUUGAAAUCCCUUACUUUACCGUGUCGGGUGUGACUGUGAGGUAUCUGAAGAUUGUGGAGAAAUCCGGUUACCAGGCACUGGCUUAA